AUGGCCACGACAACAAUCCCCACAAACCUGCCCUCACGAUACGAAAUCCGCGUCCUGGGCGAAGAACACAUCGCCUGGGCCGGCGCAAUCGUCAUGCACAGCAACAUCUUUCACUCAACCCUCUGGCCCGUCCUCUACCCCACCAAUAAAACCUCUCGCCUCAUGGCCGGCCAAAAAGUCGUCGACUACAUCGUCCGCCACCAAAUCUCCUCCGGCUACUCCCUCGGCGUCUUCGACACAGAGUACACCUUCAAACGCCCCGAAUCCGUCCCCACGGGCGGGCGGCUCUACUGGGACCUCGAAGAAACCGACGAGAGCUUGGAUCACGAGCAGUUGCUCGAGCAGAUGGAUUUCCCGCUCGUCUCGGUCGCGCUGGCAUUCGACAGUUUCCAUCCCCUGGAUAUGGAAAAGCUCAAACCCCUGAUCAACGUCCUCCCAGCCUUCGCGACGAUCUACUCCGCUCUCCACGAGCUCGACACCCGCGACCCGGCCUCAUGGCAAGCCCACGGACCCGGGGAGGUGGUCUUCCGCAACGCGACGAGCACGCGGCGCGAUUACGAAGGUCGGGGGUUGAUGGGCGCGCUGGCGCGGUAUAUGAUGCGGUGGCUCGCGGCGGAGGGGUUUCGGGGGAUCCAGAUUGAGUGUAUAGCGGAUGCGGUGGAGCAUGUGUGGGCUGAGCCGCCGGGGCCGUUUACAGCGGAGGUUGUGGCGGCUUUUGAGGCGGGGACGUAUGAAGAGGAUGAUGGGGAGGGGAGGAUGGUGAGGCCAAUGUUUCCUGCUGAGCAGAGGGUUUCGAAGGUGUACUGUAGGCUUAGAUAG